GACACAGGUGUGAGGUAACAGGGCACAUGUCUACAGGCAGAAACACAGGCAGUUAGGGGGCUGCUACUGCAAAAAAUUAGGCUCCAAAUCAAGUGAGUUUAGGUUUUUGCUACUGGUAGCAAAUUCCAAUUAGAAGCAGUUCCUGGCACAGUGACCAGCUUCAGCUGCCUGGAGCUCAGCCCCUUCCCCUCCUGGGCUGGAAUAUGCCCCUUCCCACAGACCCCAUUCCGGGAUCCCUCCUCCUCCUCCUGCUGCUUUAUGGAAUAUGGAGCAACAAUAUACAAACCCAGCUACGAUGAUGGGGAAGGUUCCCUCGUUCUCCCCCGGCUCCACAGUGAGCUCCGCUCUGCCCGGCUACGUCGCUCUCUGCCUCGCUCUACAGGUUCACAGGCUGGUGUCAGCACAGUUCACAGUGACUGGACCUGACCGUCCAAUCACUGCCUCCCUAGGGGGUGAGGCCAUCCUGCCCUGCCACCUCUCCCCCAGGAUGAGCGCUGAGAGCAUGGAGCUGAGAUGGUUCCGAUCCCAGUUCUCUGCAGUCGUGCACCUGUACCGUUAUGGGCAGGAUCAGUAUGGACAGCAGAUGCCGGAAUAUCGAGGAAGAACUGAGCUCUUGAAAGAUGACAUCACCAAUGGGAGAGUUUCCCUGAGAAUACACGAUAUCCGACCCUCCGACGAUGGACAGUAUAAGUGUUUUUUUAAAUCCAACGUGUCUUAUGAAGAAGCUUUAUUGGAACUGCAGGUGGCAGGUUUGGGCUCUGCUCCUGCCAUCUCUGUGGAGGGACAUCAGGACGGAGGGAUCCGGGUGGUGUGUCGAUCAGCCGGAUGGUACCCAAAGCCCGAGGCUCAGUGGAGAGAUCUCCAGGGGCAGCUCUUACCAUCAGCCUCUGAAAAAAUAUCCCCAGAGGCCAAUGGCCUGUUUCAAGCAGAGAUUGCCACUGUUCUAACUGAAGAGUCCAACCAGAAAGUGUCCUGCUGUGUCAGGAACCCGCGACUCAACCAGGAGAGAGAGUCAGAGAUUUCCAUAGCAGAGCUGUUUUUCCCACGAGUCAGUCCCUGGAUGGUGGCUCUGGGUGUGGUCCUGGUUCUCCUGGCUGUUCUCCUUCCCGUGGCCAGUUACUGCUUCUGGAGGCAACACAGAGCAAAAGACAAACUCCAGGCUGAGCUCAGGUGGAGACGCGCCCAGAUCUACGCAGUGGACGUGACUCUGGAUCCAGACACGGCCAAUCACUGGCUUGUCCUGUCUGAGGAUCGGAAACGUGUAAGACUCGGAGACACUCGCCAGGAUCUGCCCAACAACCCUGAGAGAUUUGAUGCUUAUCCCUGUGUCCUGGGCGCUGAGAGGUUCGCGGGCGGGAGGCGUUACUGGGAGGUGGAGGUGGGAGACAAGACUGAGUGGGACCUGGGGGUUUGUAGGGAAUCUGUGAGCAGGAAAGGGUGGAAUGGAUACUGGGCUGUGUGGCUGAGGGAUGGGGAAUACCAGGCCCUCACCUCCCCUCUGACCCCCCUCCCUGUGAGUGUCAGGCCCAACCGGGUGGGGAUUUUCCUGGACUAUGAGGCGGGUGAGGUCUCGUUUUACAAUGUGACUGACAGGUCCCAUCUCUUCACUUUCACUGACACCUUCUCCGGGAAGCUCCGCCCUUAUUUCUGUCCUGGUUACAACACUUGGGGUACAAACUCGGCUCCCCUGAUAAUCUGCCCGGUCCCAGCUCAGGCUGGAGGGAAUCUCAGUCCCUGACAGUGACCCCGUGGCACAGACUGGCUCCUCCCAGCCCUGCUGCUCUUCCAGCCCCAGUGGUGGGGGCCAGUUACUGCAGCAACUGGACUUUGUGUGCUGACCGGAUGCUGCCAGUUUCCCUUUUCAACGGGAGGUUCCAGUCGAAAACCGGACACCUGGGAACCCCCAGCCCCCACCUUUCCCAUCCCCUGCCCCAGGGGUAGCAGAUGGUGGGGGAUGGGGUCAUUCACUCCGGUCAGAAUUUUCUACCCCUGUGAAAUCUCAAUAUAAAAUAUGAAAGAAAAAAAGUUUAUUAUAGUUUAGAAAAUAUUAUUGCAACAAGGUGUAAAUACAAGAAUAUUUUAAUUUACAUUUCAACAGUAUUUUAAAAACAAGCAUAUAAAUAUAUUUGUAGAAAUGGAAUUAUUUACAUUUUUUUCAUCUUUCCUUCAAAUCUAUAGUGAAGUUUAACUUCUCUAAAUAACGUCAUUUGUAUUUCAACUGUGGAAUUUCAAGAAAUC